AUGGCCAAUCGAUAUCGCGAGAAGCAGAAGGAUCCACAUCAAGGAUCCACAUUACGGAUCCACAGCGAAAGAUCCAUAAUAAGGAUCCAUAAUAAGGAUCCACAGCGAAGGCGAACGGGUCCAUAUCGAGCCGAUCGCGUGACACGCAACGAUCCGACUGCGUGUCACCUGAGUCAUGCCUAUUUAUACGCGAUUGUGAAACGAGAUCUCGCGAUUCGCAUCUGCUUGGGGAAUCCGUUGGUCCUUUAUCGAGUGUCCUUUGUCCUUUGGCGAGGGUCCUUCGUUGGGGGGCAUUUGGCCGGAUACUGUGCUGCUGCUGCUCGAGACGAUGGACGCGGAGCCGGCAAAGAUGGAGAUCGACCCGAUCCACGCGGAAGUUCAACGUACUUCGAUACGGGCGGCUAUAAGGAUAAUCUCGGGAUACGCCGGAUUAUUUUUAUCCCCGGUCAGAGAAGGAGAAGCGAAUGGAAGCGACAGAUCGCUGAUGAUCAGGAUCGAUCCGGAGUCCCUGAUUUCCUUCGGGAUUCAGGGGAAGUUGAUCUGGCAGGUGCAGAAUCCGUUUCCGAUAUUGUGCAUCUCGAGCUAGUCUGCAUCUUCACAAAAUUUUACUCAAAUUUGACGGCUCGCGCGUUCCUCGAUGGGAAUCCGAAAGUCCACGGAGCCCCCAUAGAGAGCAACAGACUGCGACAGAAGCGGCAAUCCAAGAAGAAAGCCGAACUGCGGAGGCUGAUCGUCACUCGACUGGUCUGCGAUGGGCUCUACGUCCAUGGACUCUACGUCAAUGGGCUCUACGUUGAGAACCGUCGCUGUGGCCAGCAGCCGCCUCGACUUCGGCUUCAUCACGCGUUCGUCGAUGAGGUUUUAAAGAUUUUGACGGCUCCGCGCUAUGGGGGAAUGAUGAGGUCUCCUUCCCACCUGACAAACUACGACGACGUGAGGGGAGACCCUCGCUCUCGCUCGCCGGCGGAGGAACUAGACGCGUCACGAGCGACUGCUGGCCUCGCCGUGCCCUUCGACCAAUCGGAGGCGUUCCCUCUCAAACAUGGCGGCGGCCUUGGGGUGUCCCGGUCUUCGCCCGCUGGAUGUCGCGCGAGGGGGGUGGAGGUCGGAGCGGGACGAGGCGGAGCCGGGCGGGGCGGCUUUCGGCCCGUGCAGUGCUCUGAUGCAGUGGAGUUUUCGAAUCAGUGGAUUCGCUACUUCUCCACCUAUGCCAGCGCCGGUCCCGACAGAGAAGACCUUGAGACUCUGCGAUACUCGGCCACGGACGAAUCGAUCGGUCGAGACGGGACAAAGCGGCCGGUGAUCACAACUCCACUGUAA